CUAAACAAACAAAACUAAACUCGGCCAACCGCCCACAUCCUCGCUCACGCCCAAGCCCAGUCCACGCCGCCACCGCCGCCUUCUCCUUCUUUGUGCCACCUCUCCGUCUUCUCUCGUCCAGGCUGGUCUGGUCUGUCUUUUAGACUCCCUACCCCACACUCUGUCGCGUGUGUUUUGCUCGGCAUCGUCCGUCUUGUCGAGUACGAGUACCUCGAGUCUACAUAUAGAGACAUAUAUACACACAGACACACACAAAGAGUAAGAGAGAGAGAAAGAGAGAAAGAUUCCCCAGAUCCGGGGUUAGGCGCAAGACGACUGCUCAAUUGCACAACCCACGACGACGACGCUUCCUUUUUUCCCCUUGCCCGCCCUUCUUUCUUGGGCCCCGUCUGCUUGUUUUGCUUCUAGACAUUGGUCCAAUUUAGGGCAUUGACGUCCAAGCACCCGCCCGACCCCGACUCGCCUCGCGAGGAGCGUGGAAUCUGGAAUCCUGUUUCCCCAAAAUUCCAUUCCUCCAUCUUCUUGAAGAAAAAAGAGGAGAGACAAGACUCAGAGACAAGACUCAGACAAGUCGCAGGCAAACGACACGAACGACAUCUGAUCAAAUCGUUCUUCUGCCGCCGUCCUCGAAAUCGCAUCGUGGCGGACCCUGUGGCCUUCCACAACGACAGCCGCUUCCGUCCGUCGUCCGUCGUCCGUCGUCACCCCACCGUCAACCCCGGGAUCCCCCUCGUCGACAUCUUCCCUGCUCCCGCUGCCGCUCGUCCCAAAGUCCAAAUCCCGACGAAAGAAAGUUUCUCGCCCUACUCGGUAGUCUGCGUCCAAUCUCCCUGCAAACACGACGGCGACACGAGAGACGAACUGCCGCGCCCGCGCCCACGAACCACCACAGCCCAUUGCACGCCGCUGACCAGUCCCUCACGUCCACUCGCAACCCCGCGACGCUGCUAUUGCGCCGCACCACGCUCUCGACAGCACACACCUCCCUCUCGCCUGUCGCGCGACCACCGAAUCCGCCUCCCUGCCCUGCCCUACCGUGCUCUGCCCGUUGCGUAGACCGCGAACAUGGGGGACCGCGAUCGCGGCAUCGACGAGGGCAACGAGGCGCUUGACCCCGAGCUGCUUUACACCAAGGAGUACUGUAUCGGCGGAGGAAGCUUUGGCAAGGUCUACAAGGGAGUCGACAAGCGUACCGGCCAUGCUGUCGCCAUCAAGAUCAUCGACAUCGAGAGCGCCGAAGACGAGGUGGAAGACAUCAUCCAGGAGAUUGCCAUCCUGUCCGAGCUCCAGUCGCCCUACGUCACCAAAUACUACGGCUCCUACGCCAAGGGCGCCGAGCUAUGGAUUGUCAUGGAGUUCUGCUCCGGCGGGAGCUGCGCAGACCUGAUGAAGCCCGGUCUGAUAGGAGAGGAUUACAUUUCCAUCAUCAUCCGCGAACUGCUGCUGGGCCUCGACUAUUUGCACUCGGACAAGAAGCUGCACCGCGACGUCAAAGCCGCAAAUGUCCUCCUGAGUUCCAAUGGCCAGGUCAAGCUUGCCGACUUUGGCGUCUCUGGACAGCUCUCGGCUACCAUGACCAAGAAGAACACCUUUGUCGGCACGCCCUUCUGGAUGGCGCCCGAGGUAAUUAAGCAGUCGGGCUACGACCACAAAGCAGACGUCUGGUCUCUCGGCAUUACGGCACUGGAGCUCGCCAACGGCGAACCGCCCUACGCUGACAUCCACCCCAUGAAGGUGCUUUUCUUGAUUCCCAAGAACCCGCCCCCGCGCCUCGAAGGGAACUUUACAAAGGCGUUCAAGGACUUCAUCGAGGCGUGUCUGCAACGGGACCCCAAAGAACGGCCCACGGCCAAGGACCUGCUGAAGCAUCCCUUUAUACGCCGCGCCAAGAAGACGAGCUACCUCACCGAGCUGAUCGAAAGGCACUCCCGCUGGGCCGCCACCCACAAAGGCGACGACGACGAGAGCGACCAAGGGGGCGAGGAGUACCACGAGCGCCAGCAGGUCGAUGAGGACAUGUGGGACUUUGGCACCGUCAGGCUCGUGGGAGACCGCGGCGGUGUCGUUCCUCGGCCCGGACUUGGUGCGCUGGACGAGUCGGCCACCAACGCUAGAGCCGCCAGGUCUUUGGAGAACACGGACGACUACGGCGAGCGCUCGAGAGACAAUAGCCCGACCAAGGUUCGCGAUUUCGGCCGCGAUCUCGCCAUAGCAUCCGACACCCUCAAGGUCGCAAGCGCCAACACGGGCACCUCUCGCCAGGCAUCGCCGCAACGGAAGCCCGUGCCGGCCAGCGCGCCGCCCCAGACGCCGGCCAAGGUGCCUCUUCCAGUGUCGCCCGAGAAGAUGCAGCGAGGCCCAGAGACUCCCAGGCCCAUCUCCCGACUCAUCCCGCCUGCCGUCCCCAUUAGUCAAUCUCCGGACUACGACCGAGAGCUACAGGCCCAGUUGCAGAGAGACAUGGGCCUGCUGAGUCUAGGCCCCGUAAUCCAGCCGGCUGCCGAGGUGGUGCAAAGCCAGGAGCAGACGACGCCGCGACCCCCGCCCCACGGGCCUCGGCCUAAUACGAAGAUGACGCCCAUCUCCCUUCCAGACAUUCCACCGUACCGUGGAAGCCCGCAGGCGCAGGCGCAACAAGCCCCAAUUAGGAUACCGAGCCAGUCACCCAACGAGCAGCGGUAUCGCCAGCCUUCAGGACAAGCGGCGGCGGGGGCGGCACCGCCUCCUCCGCUCAAGGCGCACGCGCUGCCUUCCAAGACGCAGACCCCGACGCCCGAACCAGCGGCGCCUUCGUCGUUCCCUCCGCCGGCGCCUUCUAACCCGAACGGCGAGCUUGAUGCGUUGAACGAUGUCAUUUUCCCCGCGCUCGAGGAGGCGCUCAAGAGGAGGCAGAUCAGGCUGCAGCAGGCUUUCCGGCCUCAACAGGGCCUGUCUAGCCCUGCGGCCAUGAACCAGGUGACGCCCAAGCAGCAGCGAGCCGAGGCGGCUCACGAGAAGCUGCGGAAGCUCGUAUAUAAGCUCGCCCAUGUGUGCAAGGAGAUUGACCACUACGACAAGGCGGAACCCGUGGGCAUGGGAAGAGAUGUGGGCACCUUUCUGGAGGGCCUGCUGGAGGAAAUUCUUGUCAGGGUUGAACCCCUCGACGAGGAGGAUGUUGCGGCGUGAGCCGUCUGAUGGUCCAGGCGGAUGUGUGAGAGGCGGGACAACAUACAGGGGGAUGGAUGCUUGGUGGUCGGGCUAGACGAGCAGCAUGGGUGUUAGAACGUUGGCGACCCACCGCCGGCCACGAGCGGCCUGCGAGGUGGGAUAGAAGAUGGGGAGGAGGGUUUGGAACGGCGAACAUUGCAAGCCCCGUUGACGACACAACAACAACAACACCACCACUAGCAAACAACAACAACGACCACGACAACGAUAAACGGCGUUCUGGAGGAGACUACUACUAGUACAUAUAAACGAAAGACUACAACACGAAGGGCCCUUGCGGGGGUUGUGUUGGCACGACUAGACGACAGACAUGGCACGACACUAGACGGCCCCUCCUGGAGCUCUGGCAUGCUCGCUAUACGCCCGUACUUUCUUCUUCUUCCCAGAUCAGGAAGAGGGAACAAACGGGUGGCGAGUCC